AGAAGAAGAAGAGGCGAAGAAGAAUAAGAAGAAUAGAAAUGGAGAGAAACAAUAGACUAAUGCUGUUGUGACAAACAUGUUAUUUAGUUUAAAGUUAAUUUCUGCGUCCUAUUUCUCUCCGCGGAAGCUCCAGUUCAGACGCGGAGCACUUUGACCGGAAGCAGGUCCUGAAGCAGCUCUACCAUGAAGCUGCGGGUCCAGCUGCAGUGUAAGAACCUGCAUGAAUACCUGCGGGAGCUGAACCCUGACAUCCUGGACAGGCUGUUUAACCAUCCAGCAACAUGUCUGGCUGUUUACAGGGAACUUCCCUCCCUGGCUAAGAAUUAUGUGAUGCGGAUGCUGUUCCUGGAUCAGCCUCUUCCCCAGGCUGCUGUGGCAUUAUGGGUAAAAAAAGACAGUCAAAAGGAUCAUGAUGACUGUGUCUCAGUGUUGACCGGCCUUCGCCUUUGGCACAGUCAGCACCUUCAAGGAGGGCUUCAGGGGUACAUUUUAAAUCCAGUGUUCAAAGAAAACCUAGGAACCGCACUGCUGGGAGGAGGCACCCAGUGGGCCGAUGAGGGGAGCAGCCUGGGUCCCGACCGCCAUGCCAGAGACAUCGAAAGCCUGGACCGCUACGCCAUGGAGCGCUGGGAGGUCAUCCUGCAGUUCAUGGUGGGGUCACCCAGCGCCGUCAGUCAGGACUUGGCUCAGCUCCUGAUCCAAGCAGGCCUCAUGAAAAGCGAGGCAGGAGAAGCGCCGUAUAUCACGUCUGCUGGUUUCCAGUUCCUGCUUCUGGACACAGCCUCUCAGCUUUGGUACUUCACCUUGCAGUACCUGAAAACUGCUCAGUCUAGAGGAAUGGACCUGGUGGAGAUCUUAUCGUUCUUGUUCCAGCUCAGCUUCUCUACUUUGGGGAGAGAUUACUCGGUGGAAGGCAUGAGCGAGUCUCUGCUCACUUUCCUGCAGCACCUCCGGGAGUUUGGACUGGUGUUUCAGAGGAAGAGGAAGUCCCGGCGGUACUACCCCACCAGACUGGCCAUCACUCUGGCUGCUGGAGUCACAAACAGCUCCUCUUCCUCCUCCUCCUCCAACAUUGCCUCCGUUCCUGGAACUAAAGACGCCGGCUUCAUUGUUGUGGAAACCAACUAUCGUAUCUAUGCCUACACAGACUCUGAGCUUCAGAUCGCCCUGGUGGCUCUGUUCAGUGAGAUGCUCUAUCGCUUUCCCAAUGUGGUGGUCGCUCAGCUAACCAGAGAGUCCGUUCAGCAGGCCAUCGCUAACGGCAUCACUGCGCAGCAGGAGUUCUCUACAAUCAGUUCCUGUCCCAGGCUGACUUUGAGGUUCUGCGAGACCGAGCUCAGGGUUUGGGCUGCCUGGUGUGGCAGGAUGUGGCCCACAGGGUGAUGGUGGUGACCCCCCACGGACACAGCGAGGUCAAGAGGUUCUGGAAGCGACAGAGGUCUCAAACGUGACCAGAGAAAGAGGCCCACAGAGAAACCACCAUCGUUGUACAUUUCUCUUUUUUUUAUUAAAUUGAUGAGUCCUC